GGUGACAAACGAGCACACAGUCCACCUGAUGGUAAGUGGUUACUGUGACCCAUAGACAUCUGCAUCUAUCUUCGUUUGCGAAUUAAAAUGCAGAUUCGUUGUCACCCGUGAGGACUAAGAUGGAAUGCCUCUUUGCCAGUAAAAAGGGUCUCCGGUUCUCUACACUCACCAUACGAAACACAGCAGCGUUAAGCUGCUAUUUUACGCUGGUUUUCUGUGAGAGUGUAGUCCUGCCCCGGUCGAGCCGACCCAUUCGUGCUACAACUAUACUACUAAUAUAGCUGCAGCUUGGCUCUACCACGUAAAAGAAAACAAAAAGCUAUUUUGAUUUUUAAUUAAAUUUCAAUGUUUUCUCCAUAAUACUUCGAUAAAUAUGGUAUAAUAUCUAUUAGAACAUGGAUAUACAUUUUAAACGCAAAUAGGUAAGUACAUGACGUAUCAAAAGCUAUUAUUCUCUGGAUUCGUCAUUAAUAUCUGUUAAUGUCACUGAUGUGUUGUAACUCUUGAAGACUUAAUUCCUUGUUGCUAAUAAUUAUUGUGCGCGUUUGUAUUUUAAGCAAUUUACGAGAGACGGUUGACGCGGGAGCGUCAUCUUUCACCACCCACACUAAAUAAAAGUCUUAAUAUAACCAGAUGCAGCCUAACAGUACGAAAAAUUUAUCAAUGAGUGUCCCAUUUAUUUUUACUAAGCAAAAUAUACUCAUACAUAUGUAUAUAUUUAUAAUCUGAAAGGCUGUUAAAAUAUUUAUUUAUCUGUCUUAUUCGUACAGUGUAUAUUUAUUUAUUUACUAGCUUUUUACCCGCAGCUUCGCUCGCGUGCGCUAGAAUUUAGGGACAUCAUUAAAUGAUGUGCCGUGUCAAAUUUAGAAAUAUUCGAUCACUUUUACAGUCACCUUGGUGUCUAUGUCUCUAUGUCUGUCAGAGAUUUUUUUUCAUUCUAAAAUACUAUUAGACGUAGAUGAUUGGUAACAGAACAGAAAUACAGAGCUACAGAAAUACGUGAAUAUAUCGCACCUUUAGGAUGAAACCGACCUAACUCAAAAAAAUGGUAAAAUGAGUUAUGAUCAUUGAAUGACUCGAAAAAACUUUGUCUAUCUAUCUGUCCAUAAAAAACCGCCGUAUUCGGGUGGGAACGGGACAAACCAGUUCAAUCGGUCUCUUUCUUACUCGCAAAAUUUCGGGACCGCGUCGUUGCGGAAACGACGCUUUUAGUAUUGUGUUGACAGUGUCGUGUAUGUGACGUUACGCAGAUAGGCAAAGAUUGACCGAAAACUGAUUGAGGCGAUUUAAUUCCGAAACCAGCGGUAAGUUCACUUCAGUUUCUUAGGUAAUAAAACGACAAACUUCGCUUUGUGCUUUUUUUAUUCCGAUAAUUUUGUCACUUUAAGUGACUUAUUUAAGUUUUAGUCAUUUUUAUGCUAAAAUUAAUAAUAAUCUUAGUGACUCACUUAAGUUUAAGUCUUUUCAUUAAUACAAUAAUCCUAAUAUUUCUUGACUCAAUAUGACAGACUUAAAAUUAGGUCGUUAUUUUAUUUAUCGAAGUAUUACCUUUUGUGUUCUAUUAAGUAUUGAGACUAUUUUUUAUUAUUUACUAGGUGAAAAAAGAAGGCAUAAUAGUUAAUACGUCUAUUUACGACUAUUAAAUACAAUACAGUUUAAUAAAACGUCACUUGGAAUUCAUAGAAAUGAAAAGAAGAAGCGAUAUCAUAAUGGACAUUGCUUUGGGAAAAGAUAAAUAUUGCAAAAAAGGAGAACUUGAGGUAGUUACAUAUUUUAAUUGCUAAUGAUUUUUUUUGUGCAACCACCUUUAUUUUUAGCUAUUAGUUGUAAAAGGUUUAAUUAUGGUUUCUGUCACCCAAUAGGGAUUUCCAAACAAUAAAAUGAAAGAGAACUUGUCUCCGAAUUCUGUGGUCGAUGAAGUCGUCAAAAACUCACCAAGUAUAAUCAGUCUUGGUGACAACACCCAAAGCGAACUAGUAAGAUAUAGUUUGAAUAUUUUUUUUUAAAUCUAUCCACCUAUGUACUCAUCAAACUAAACUUACUUCUCGUUUGUUUCAUUUUAGAAAUUGACAGUCAGCAAUCAAACGGAAGAGUUGUCGCCAAGUUCCUCAGUCAUUGAAAAUUCGCCUAAUAAAGAUAUUAUUAGCAACAAUAUUUUAAAUUGCUGUUAUAAUAAUGUUGUUGAAAUGUGGAAAAGCAGUUCAAAAAAGUACGGGAUUGAAUCUUCUCCUGACGAUUGUAAUAAGUCAAAUUUUCCAAUUACCAGAAGACCAAGUCAUGAAAAAAGAGUAUCUUCAUCAUCUAGUAGUUCCACUUCAUCGCGUUCAAGUUCCAGUUCUAGUUCCAGUUCAAGUUCCAGUUCUAGUUCCAGUUCUAAUUCCAUAAAAUCAUCCACUUUGAGUGAUAUUGUGACAAAGACCAUGGAUCCAAACGUCACACAUAAAGAUCCAAAUGCAAUGAGUGCUAGUACCAGUCAAUCAGACAUAAAAAUUUCUUUCAGAUCUAGUUCAAGAGUGCAACCUAAUUAUUGUUUAUCACCAAUUAAUACUCUCGAAAGUGAUCCUGACUUAAGUGAUGACGACCCCACAUUUCAAGACCCCAAUAAAAUUUCUGUUCGUCGUAGAAGUUCCUCUUCCUCAAGUGGCGCUACUACACAUAUGACACACUACACAUACUAUACAUAUGAAAUACAACAACCUGGGACAAGUAAUGUUAGUGAAACAAACAUGACUCAUAUGAAAUGUAGAAAACGGCACCGUAAUCCACUAAUUUGGAAACAGAAUAUCAACAAAAUAUUGCGAAAUACUGGAAAAUCCUACACUUCCUUGUCAAGAUCUAAAAAAGAAGUUCCUUCCCGUAGUAUGAAAACCCCGUGUAAGCCUUGUCGAUUAAAAUGCUCCGACCAAAUAGAUGAAGUCCAAAGGGCUAACAUUUUUGAAAUGUAUUGGAACCUUUCUAAUGUGAACCUUAAAAGAUCAUUUAUUAAAUCUUGCAUGAUGGAAGUGAGGCCAAAAUAUAAAUAUACGAACGCUCAAAAACCUAGAUCACCUAAUAUUGCAUUUUUUUUCACAGUAAACCAUCAAAAAAUUCGAGUUUGUAAAACAUAUUUCAUGAAUACUCUAGAUAUUACAGAAAGACAGAUUAGAACCGUCAAAGCAAAAAGUAAUGAUGUCGGAUUUAUAGCUGAGGAUCAAAGAGGUAAGCACACUAAUAGAAAAAAAAAUAGACGAAACCAUUAUUAAGGACAUUGAGAGUCACAUAAGUACAAUCCCUAGGAUGGAGUCACAUUACCUCAGGGCAUCCACAUCGAAAGAGUUUAUUGACGGCAGUAAAACGGUUAAAGAUCUCUGGAGAGACUUCUGUGAAAACAGAGAUCCAAUGAAACCUAAAGUGGAGUACUGGCUAUAUUAUCAAGUAUUUAAUAACAAUUUUAAUAUCGGAUUCUUUCAGCCAAAAAAAGAUCGUUGUGAUCUUUGUUUACAAUAUGAGAUGGCAUCUGUAGACCAAAAGGCAAACUUGCAAGAGAAGUUUGACAACCAUAUAAAAGAAAAAGAUCUUUGUCGUAUUGAAAAAAAAAAUGACCGUAGGAUGCUUGGUGAUGGAUAUAAUAUUUGCACCGUCUAUGAUUUACAGGCUAUCAUGCAAUGUCCUGUGGGAGAAUGCAGUUCUUUUUAUUAUAUAUCUAAACUAAACUGCUUGAAUUUCACCAUGGCUGAAUUGGCUGCUAUUAAACACCAUAAUAUAAAUACAACUGCAAAGAACCCAAGAGUGAGUAAAAUAACUGAAAGCGAAAAACUUAAGGCCGGCAACGCAUCUGCAAUUCCCCUGGUGUUGCGGUUGUUCAUGGGCGGCGGUAGUCACUUACCAUCAGGUGAGCCGCAUGCUCGUUUGCCCCCUCUCCUAU